AUGUCAUAUCAAAACCCAGCGACCUUCUCACCAUACACUCCACCUCCUGAUGAACAAAAAUCGAAUCGCAAUUCCGUUCGAUAUGCACCGAUUCCCAGUAGUAGUACAACUGCGUCAACCUCCGCUUCUGCUUCUGCAAAUCCCUUUGCCGGAGUUUAUCGACAAACCGAACAAUUACCUGAUGGUCAAAUAAAGAUCAAUAAAUAUGAGACGGGCUUGCCAAUAAGAGUUGAUAUUGAAGCGGCUUUGGCUUAUGCUCUGGGCUGUGUAACUGGUGUCAUGUUAUUGAUUAUGGAACAAAAGAACGAUUAUGUUCGAUUUCACGCGUGGCAGUCUUCCUUAUUAUUCGCAACCAUUUUUUUUUUCCAUUUCAUUAUACUUUUUAUUAAUUCGGUCCUAAGUUGGAUCUUUGCGAUCUUGGAGAUCGGUUUAAUUAUUUUUCUUUGUUAUCGAGCCUAUGUGGAUGGAAUUACUUUGGAACGAUUUGAAAUGCCGAUUUUUGGUACUUUAGCCAGUACUUGGGUGGAUAGCGAAUAA